UCAUUAUAAACUACAUUCUACAGUACGUGAGGGGUUGGGGGGCGCGGGUUUUUAAGGAAUGAGAGAGAAACUGGAGGACAAGGAGAAUCCGCUAUUACAAAUUCGACAUGCAGGAGAGAGAAAAUGUCUAACAUUUAAUGGUAGAGGUACCCUGGGUACCAGAACCUCCAGACUCUCGUGUCGCUCAGCCAAAAUGUCACUGGACGAGAAAAGUCUGGAGUCUGUGAUACCCAGGUUUGGGAGAGGUAGAGAUUCAGAAAUCAAUGAGAGAAUAUGGGAUAUUUCAGGGGCUGUCCCUGCUUUUGUACAUAUAUAAAACUGUGUAGGCCUGAAAAGAAUAACAAACUUUAAUAUUUAAAAACCCCGCAUUGGGGGUUUGUCAUAUCGUAUCGGCAAUUAUGGGGAUAGCAAGCUUAAUCCUUCGUCUGCAUAUCUUAAUGAUUUUCUUUUCCUUUGAAGUAUCUUCUCAAACUUGCUCAGUUAAAUCCGCCCCAAAAGAGAGACCCACGAAAAAGUUCAACAAAGUUAACAAAUCGUUUCUUAACGGUACCGUUUUUCACGAGUUGCAUGUUAAAGAUGCGAUGGAGUGUGGGUUAUCGUGCUUGCAAGAAGAUCUGUGUGCUUCCUAUAACAUGGCACGGAAACCAUCGCCAGGGCUUCGCUACAUUUGCGAGUUGCUAUCUAUUCGAAUUGGUGAUCUUGGCGCAGAGCUGGUGAAGAACGACACCUUUGACCACUUCAGUACUAAGUUCCACUGCUAUGCAGACAAUGGUCGGGAUGCAUCGGACUUCUGUGUGGGCACGUGUCGUGACAUUAAACUCAGUCACCCGCCAGCCCCCAGCGGAUAUUAUGUCAUCGACCCCUCAGGUGAUCUUGGAGAACCACCUUUUCCUGUAUUUUGUGACAUGAUGUCACAUAACGGUAUUGGCGUGACCGUGGUUGGUCAUGAUAGCGAGGGACGAAUCAACGCCAAAGGUUAUAGAUCUGCUGGGUCCUUCUCGCGUGACGUCACGUACGACUUCACAAGUGUCACGCAGUUGAAAGAAUUGACAACUAGGUCAAACUACUGCGAGCAGUUCAUCAAAUACGAGUGCAAAGCGUCGUCUUUGUAUUAUUACCCAGGAGGCAAUUGGUUCAAUUGGUGGGUGUCACGUGACGGGCACAAGAUGACGUCAUGGGGUGGUGCUCCGACUGGCAGCAACAAGUGCGCAUGCGGGGUGACGGGCACGUGCGCCAAUCCCGCCUACCGAUGCAACUGCUCGAGCAAUGAUGACACAUGGCGAGAAGAUAGUGGCUUACUCACCGAUAAGGACACACUGCCUGUCAUUCAGCUGAGGGCAGGGGAUACUGAAGGAAGUACGGAGGAUGGGUACCUCACUUUAGGCAAGAUGAAGUGUUACUGAACACUAACUUUACUACACACUUGGCAAGCUGAUGUGUUACUUAACAUAAUAUAUGCCGUACAUUUUUGAGAACUGAUGUGUAACCGAACACAAUCUGUACUGUACACUACGGUACAUUUGCCGAACUGAUGUGUUACUGAACAUAAUAUGUGCCGUACACUUGGAGAACAGAUGUGUUACUGACCACAAUCUGUACCGUACACUACGGUACACUUGCCGAACUGAUGUGUUACUGAACAUAAUCUGCACCGUACACUUGGAGAACUGAUGUGUUACUGAACAUAAUCUGCACCGUACACUUUAAGAACUGAUGUGUUACUGAACAUAAUCUGUAUCGUACA